AUGAACCUGCACCAACGUGUCACGGCCUGCGACGCGCGCCGCCAGUCCAAGACCUCGUCGCGGUGCGUGGCGGAGAGCGCGACCGUGACGCACGACUUCGAGGUGGCCGGCUACUCGCAGCUCAAGGCCCUGGGCGUUGGCCAGUACGUCAGCUCCGGCACCUUCAGCGCCGGUGGACACAACUGGGCCAUCCGGGUCUACCCGAAGCAGUACGGCAACGUGAUUGCCCACUACCAGCCGCCCCUUUUCUACGCCGGGGCGUCCCUGCAGCUCCGCGACGCCGGCGUGGGGACGGAGGUGACGGCCAGCUUCACCCUGAGCCUGCUGCAGAAGGACGGCCGCGUGUCGCCGAUGGCGAAGCGGACCAUGACGGCAGCCUUUGGUGCCCCGCCGCGGGACAGCUACGGCUUCCACAAGCUGCUGGCCAGCGCGACCAUGCUCCAGAAGUGGCGGUGCCUCCACAACGACGCGCUGACGAUCCGGUGCGUCCUGACCGUCGUCCGCACCAGGGACCCGGUCCCGCCGCCGGAGCUGGCCGGCCACCUCGGGAGCCUGCUCGCGACCGGGAUGGGCGCGGACGUCACCUUCGACGUCGGCGGCCGGGCGUUCCCGGCUCACAGGGUCCUGCUGGCCGCGCGGUCCCCGGUGUUUCGUGCGGAGCUCUUCGGGCACAUGAUGGAGAAGGACGCGCGACGCAUCAGGAUCGCCGGCGUGAGGCCGGAGAUCUUCGAGCUGCUCCUCCACUUCAUCUACACGGACUCGCUGCCGGGCGACGGCGAGGGCUGUGACACCGCGACGCUGCAGCACCUGCUCGUGGCGGCGGAUCUGUACGGGAUCGACAGGCUGAAGCACAUCUGCGAGGGGAAGCUGCACGCUAGCGUCGACGAGAAGACGGUGGCGAGCAUGCUGGCUCUAGCGGAGCGGCACAACUGCCCGAGGCUCAGAGAUGCUUGCCUGAAUCCAAAUGUCCAUUGCUAG